AUGGCCAGGCUGGGGUGGGGGUCGGCGGCGAGCAAAGGGCUGGGGUGGGGGUCGGCGGCGAGCAAAGGGCUGGGGUGGGGGUCGGCGGCGAGCAAAGGGCUGGGGUGGGGGUCGGCGGCGAGCAAAGGGCUGGGGUGGGGGUCGGCGGCGAGCAAAGGGCUGGGGUGGGGGUCGGCGGCGAGCAAAGGGCUGGGGUGGGGGUCGGCGGCGAGCAAAGGGCUGGGGUGGGGGUCGGCGGCGAGCAAAGGGCUGGGGUGGGGGUCGGCGGCGAGCAAAGGGCUGGGGUGGGGGUCGGCGGCGAGCAAAGGGCUGGGGUGGGGGUCGGCGGCGAGCAAAGGGCUGGGGUGGGGGUCGGCGGCGAGCAAAGGGCUGGGGUGGGGGUCGGCGGCGAGCAAAGGGCUGGGGUGGGGGUCGGCGGCGAGCAAAGGGCUGGGGUGGGGGUCGGCGGCGAGCAAAGGGCUGGGGUGGGGGUCGGCGGCGAGCAAAGGGCUGGGGUGGGGGUCGGCGGCGAGCAAAGGGCUGGGGUGGGGGUCGGCGGCGAGCAAAGGGCUGGGGUGGGGGUCGGCGGCGAGCAAAGGGCUGGGGUGGGGGUCGGCGGCGAGCAAAGGGCUGGGGUGGGGGUCGGCGGCGAGCAAAGGGCUGGGGUGGGGGUCGGCGGCGAGCAAAGGGCUGGGGUGGGGGUCGGCGGCGAGCAAAGGGCUGGGGUGGGGGUCGGCGGCGAGCAAAGGGCUGGGGUGGGGGUCGGCGGCGAGCAAAGGGCUGGGGUGGGGGUCGGCGGCGAGCAAAGGGCUGGGGUGGGGGUCGGCGGCGAGCAAAGGGCUGGGGUGGGGGUCGGCGGCGAGCAAAGGGCUGGGGUGGGGGUCGGCGGCGAGCAAAGGGCUGGGGUGGGGGUCGGCGGCGAGCAAAGGGCUGGGGUGGGGGUCGGCGGCGAGCAAAGGGCUGGGGUGGGGGUCGGCGGCGAGCAAAGGGCUGGGGUGGGGGUCGGCGGCGAGCAAAGGGCUGGGGUGGGGGUCGGCGGCGAGCAAAGGGCUGGGGUGGGGGUCGGCGGCGAGCAAAGGGCUGGGGUGGGGGUCGGCGGCGAGCAAAGGGCUGGGGUGGGGGUCGGCGGCGAGCAAAGGGCUGGGGUGGGGGUCGGCGGCGAGCAAAGGGCUGGGGUGGGGGUCGGCGGCGAGCAAAGGGCUGGGGUGGGGGUCGGCGGCGAGCAAAGGGCUGGGGUGGGGGUCGGCGGCGAGCAAAGGGCUGGGGUGGGGGUCGGCGGCGAGCAAAGGGCUGGGGUGGGGGUCGGCGGCGAGCAAAGGGCUGGGGUGGGGGUCGGCGGCGAGCAAAGGGCUGGGGUGGGGGUCGGCGGCGAGCAAAGGGCUGGGGUGGGGGUCGGCGGCGAGCAAAGGGCUGGGGUGGGGGUCGGCGGCGAGCAAAGGGCUGGGGUGGGGGUCGGCGGCGAGCAAAGGGCUGGGGUGGGGGUCGGCGGCGAGCAAAGGGCUGGGGUGGGGGUCGGCGGCGAGCAAAGGGCUGGGGUGGGGGUCGGCGGCGAGCAAAGGGCUGGGGUGGGGGUCGGCGGCGAGCAAAGGGCUGGGGUGGGGGUCGGCGGCAAGCAAAGGGCUGGGGUGGGGGUCGGCGGCGAGCAAAGGGCUGGGGUGGGGGUCGGCGGCGAGCAAAGGGCUGGGGUGGGGGUCGGCGGCGAGCAAAGGGCUGGGGUGGGGGUCGGCGGCGAGCAAAGGGCUGGGGUGGGGGUCGGCGGCGAGCAAAGGGCUGGGGUGGGGGUCGGCGGCGAGCAAAGGGCUGGGGUGGGGGUCGGCGGCGAGCAAAGGGCUGGGGUGGGGGUCGGCGGCGAGCAAAGGGCUGGGGUGGGGGUCGGCGGCGAGCAAAGGGCUGGGGUGGGGGUCGGCGGCGAGCAAAGGGCUGGGGUGGGGGUCGGCGGCGAGCAAAGGGCUGGGGUGGGGGUCGGCGGCGAGCAAAGGGCUGGGGUGGGGGUCGGCGGCGAGCAAAGGGCUGGGGUGGGGGUCGGCGGCGAGCAAAGGGCUGGGGUGGGGGUCGGCGGCGAGCAAAGGUCACUCUCUGCUGUCCGUGGCCCACAGAGAUAUUACACAGUUCUUCAAAGUGCUGAUUUUAUCCCACUCUGACUACAAAUGUGUUGCCUACGGGUCAGCAGCACCACCUGUACUGAGCUCGCUGGACCCCGUUCACCACCCAGGCGUGUGUUCACAAGGCUCAUACAGAAGGCCCUGA